UUGUGUGAGAAACAGCAUGGCUCCUGAUUUUAUCUCCAUUUGGGUGAUUUUCUCACCUUUUUCUCACUUUUACUCAUUACCCUGCUGCUUUAAUCCCCUUAUCUGCAGAUUUGCAGACGAAAACGCAGGGAAAAGAAGCAACCUGUUUGUUUUCAACUCUCACAGCAUGGUUUAUUCAAUCAUUUUGGGGCUUUAUUAGUCAUGCCAGGGCCCUUUAGCAUGGGCAAUCCCUUGUUUGCAUGCAAAAUCCCACACUGACUUCCAGAGGAAGAAUUUGAAGCCAUUUGGUGCCAGCUCUUAUCUCCCCCAUACACAUUUUCUCCAAGAUCAAUAACAAACUUCCCCUCUCACAAGAUUUCUCUGGAUAUGAGAGAUGAAUGUGGCUUAUCUCAAUUUUAGGGACUUUCCUCACUCAAAUAACUUUGUCAGAUUUGACUGGCGUAUGGUGGAAGCAGAAACAGAUUUAAGAUGGACAGAUUCAGCCUUCAGCCAGCUCAAGGAUUUGGGGUCAGGAAGAGAGGACUCUGAGGGUGCAAUGGCUUUCUUCCUCAAACCACGGCCAUGCACAUGGGACCUUGCCCUGGACUACCACACCGCCAAACAGUUUGAAGUGGACGUAACCCUGGAUCCAGCCACAGUGGGCCCAGAGGUGAUCCUCUCUGAGGACCUCAAGGAAGCCACCUGGGGCAGACCUCGAUGCCAGUGGCCUGAGGGUCCAGGCCGGUUCGACACAGACCCGUGCAUGCUGGGCAGCAAGGGCUUCACCUCGGGCCGCCACUACUGGGAGGUGGAGGCCAAUGGGCGCUUCUGGGCCGUGGGGGUGGCUCGUGAGUCAGUUCAGAGGAAAGGCCGGGUCCUCUUCAAGCCCAACACUGAAAUUUGGGGCUUGCAGAAGUAUGAUGAGCUCUGUGUGGCCCUCACAGCUCCCUCCCACACCUCUGUUCCACUCCUCAAUGGGGAGAUUGGGGUCUACCUGGAUUAUGAGGUGGGACAGGUCUCUUUCUACGCUGUCAGCAGCCGCCAACGCAUCUUCACUUUUCCUGCCUCCUUCAGUGGGGAGAGGGUCUUCCCCUACUUUUGCGUGCUCCUCUCAACCAUUAAACUGUCCCCCAAGGGCUGAUGCCCUGAAAGGAUCCUCCCAAAAGCUGGUUGCAUCACAGUGGUUGGAAAUGCUGGUUGAUGCUCCUCAACUCUAAUUUUCCAAGUCAUGAAGUCAUUUCUAACUCAGUUCAUGGUCAUUUCUUCAUCUCAGAUGUCUCUGUUUUGGGUUGUGCCAUGGAGAUAUUGGGUCUGACCUCAGUACGGCUCAUCUCAAGUUGCUAAAUUCAUGCAAAGCUUGUUAAAAGGAGCUGGACUUCCCUGAGCUUGAGCUAAAAUCUUCAUUUUUUUCUCCCAAAUACAGCUUCCUCUGGAAGGUUCCUUUUGCUGACCUCAGUGCCUAUGAUUGGCUGGGCUUCCAGCACAAAUUAAAAAUCUUGAUUUUUGCAGACUUUGUAUUAAUACCAGCAGCUAUUCCUCAUAUUAAAACUUAUAAUUUAAUAUUGUUUUAUAUCAUUUAAAUCCCCUUGUUAUCACAAGGAUGUGCUCACAUCCACUGCCCCCACUCUUUUCCUCUGCUGUUCCCUAUGCUUGAGACUUAUUUCCAAGUACUUAGCAUGUAAAUAUGCUCUAGAUAGAAUAAAUUUCUUUUUCUCUAAGAAAUCUGUAUUCAGGCCAUCACCAAGUUGCCCCAAACCCAAAAAGAGCCCCCAGAGCUGCCCUGCCACCCCACCCCACUCCCUCAGAACUAUCUCAUGUGGAUCCCCAAAGUCUGCCUUGUCCCAGAAACACUUUGUUGGCCUCUGGAAACAUCAAUAACCCCUUGCCCAGGGAUUCCAAAGUCUUCUUGAGAAUUUCUUUCAUGUCCCUAUGGUGCACCAGAUAUCUGGGAGUGAGAAGGCUUCCCUGCAGCGCCCAAGGAGCUGACACAGAGGUUUGGAGGCCGUCUCAUCCUGUUGCCCUUGCCUGAGCUCUGCAGCUCAUGUUUAUUACAAAUCCAGCUCCUCUCAGUGCUGCAGUGGGAGGAGCUGAGCCCAUUGUCAUCCAGGUAAGCACAGAGCCCACUACCAUGGAUCCGAAACCUGGAAGUACAGAGGACAUAACCCAUUUCAGAUGGAGCAGCAGGAAAAAGGAGAAAAGUAACAUAUAGGUUUCCCUCAGCUUCAGUUCUCAGGCAUCCUCAUGGGCACCAGCAUGCCAAAAUACUCACACUGAUCUAUUUCUAAUAUGAAACCCAAAGCUUUGCAAGAGAGAAACAAACUUAAAAUAAAAAAUCCAAACUUA